AGCCCAGUUUGGGUCUGGAGUGAGUGGUCAGUAAAUAUUCCCCAUUAGCCUUUGCGGAUUAAAGGAGAAGAUAAGGGCUGUCGGAGCACCUGGCCGGUGGCUAUCCCUUUAAAACGUCUCUCGUUCCCUUACUUCGGAAGAGACCAGAUUUACAGACUACAACGGGGUAGAGAGAGAAGAACGUCCCUGGUGUCAGAGAGAAAGAUGAGAACCCAUCAAGUGUUCCCCUUGCCCCUGCUCCUGGUGAUUGCCUCGGUCGCUUCGGAGAACGCCAGCACGUCCCGGGGCUGUGGGCUGGACCUUCUUCCUCAGUACGUGUCCCUGUGCGACCUGGACGCCAUCUGGGGCAUCGUGGUGGAGGCAGUGGCCGGGGCGGGGGCCCUGAUCACACUGCUCCUGAUGCUCAUCCUCCUGGUGAGACUGCCCUUCAUCAAGGACAAAGAAAAGAGGAGGCCCGUGUGCCUCCACUUCCUCUUCCUGCUGGGGACCCUGGGCCUCUUUGGGCUGACGUUCGCCUUCAUCAUCCGGAUGGACGAGACAAUCUGCUCCAUCCGCCGCUUCCUCUGGGGUGUCCUCUUCGCGCUCUGCUUUUCCUGUCUGCUGAGCCAGGCAUGGCGGGUGCGGAGGCUGGUGUGCCAGGGCACAAGCCCAGCCGGCUGGCAGCUGGUGAGCCUGGCGCUGUGCCUGAUGCUAGUGCAGGUCAUCAUUGCCACCGAGUGGCUGGUGCUGACCGUGCUGCGUGACACGAAGCCAGCCUGCGCCUAUGAGCCCAUGGAUUUUGUGAUGGCGCUCAUCUAUGACAUGGUGCUGCUGGUCAUCACCCUGGCGCAGUCCCUCUUCACGCUGUGUGGCAAGUUCAGUCGGUGGAAGGUGAACGGGGCCUUCAUCCUCAUCACUGCCUUCCUCUCGGUGUUCAUCUGGGUGGUUUGGAUGACCAUGUACCUCUUCGGCAACUCGAGCAUGAAGCAGGGAGAUGCCUGGAGCGACCCCACCUUGGCCAUUACGCUGGCAGCCAGUGGCUGGGUUUUCGUCAUCUUCUACGCCAUUCCCGAGAUCCACUGCACCCUUCUCCCGCCCCUGCAGGAGAACCCACCCAACUACUUCGACACUUCACAGCCCAGGAUGCGGGAGACGGCAUUUGAGGAGGACAUGCACCUGCCUCGGGCCUACAUGGAGAACAAGGCCUUCUCAAUGGACGAACACAAUGCAGCUCGAUCAGCAGCAGGCUUUUCCAACGGAAGCUUGGGGAAAAGAUCCGGUGGCAGCCUGGGAAAGAAACCCAGCGGCCUGGGAAGCCGGCCCAGCGCACCGUUCAGAAGCAAUGUGUAUCAGCCGACCGAGAUGGCUGUCGUACUCAAUGGCGGGACUAUCCCAACUGCUCCGCCAUCUCACACAGGAAGACACCACUGGUGAAAGACCUUAAGUUCCAGAGAAUAAGAAUCUCUCUUACCGAUUUUA